AUGGCCCAGCUCGGCUGCUCACCCCCCCGGCCCAACUUGCGCGCGCCAAGGCCCAGGCCGCGGCCCAAGAGCCCCCUGCGCCCCAACCCUAGGGAGCAGCUGCUCCCAACCCCACUCCCAGACGCCGCCGCCACCCUGGGGUGGACAGGCACCCGCGUGCGCCCCAGCCCUGGAGAGCACCCGCCGCCGCCGCCUGAUGCCGCGCCCACGCCUGCCCCUCUACCUUGGCGUUCGUGCCGAUGCGUGCCACGUGUCCCAACGCGGGCACGGACGCCGGAGAUGGUCGCCCUACCCGGGAACCCUAGCCGCGCCCCCUUUAAAGCUUCCAGAGCCGCCGCUGCCCUCGCCCUAUUCCCCAUGGCGCCGCCACCCUCCUCUGCUCCACCUCGGCUCGCCGCACCGGAGCCGUCCGCCGUGACGCCGACACCGAGCUUCGACCGCGACCUCGCCUAG